CAGGAACCGCAGUCAGCUGAUGCUCCUCCCAGCUGACUGCGGCGGCGGACGUGCGGAGGCGUGUGGUUCGAUUUUUUUUAUACUGUUUGCGAGCAGAUCAAAUGUUAGCUUCAAUCAGUCUCCAGUCCAGGUGGUCGGUUAAUUUGGCUGCUAGACUUUUGCACCUCACUGAAAGAGUAUAUUUUGGAGCUGGGAGUAAGCUAAGUGUGAACAACAUGAGUGCGCCAGCUCAGCAGCAGACUGACAGAGGGAAUUGCGUCUUCUGCAGAAUCUGUGAUGGAGUUGAGCCAAAUAACAUCUUGCAUCAGGAUGAUGAAUUUGUGGUGUUCCCAGACAUCAGGCCAGCAGCUCCCCACCACUACCUGAUUGUCCCAAGGCACCACUACAUUGAUGUCAAGAACCUCUCAGCAGACCACAUUCCCAUGGUGGAGAAGAUGGUGUCUCUUAGCAAGGAGGUUUUGACAGCUCAGGGGGGUUGUGAGUCGACUGCCAGACUUGGAUUCCACUGGCCACCCUUCCACACGGUCAGCCAUCUCCACCUCCAUAUCAUUGCACCAGAGGGGGAGAUGGGCUUCAUAGCACGUGGGAUGUUCAAAAAGGAUUCAUUUUGGUUUGUUAGUCCUGAGACAGCCAUCCAAAGACUCCGGCAGAAGAUGUAGCACAUAGUGCAGUACUCGACAGUGGUGACUCCCAACAUUGUGCUAGGCACAAUCUAGCCCUCCCUACAGAGUCUGUCACUGUCGUGCAAGUUUUUUCAGAAGAGGGCAGUUUGAUGAUGAUGAUAAUAACAGUUUGACAAUAAAGACGUAAAAAUGCUUAGAAAUAAAUAUUAUAUGUGUGGGACAUUGAAGAAGUGUUGAUUAAUCUGAUAUAUUUUUGUUUGAUUAUUACAGAGAAAUUAUUUUAUAUAAGAUUUUGCACAUAUCUCAUAUCAGUGCCAUGACUAUGAGCAAAACAUUAUUUUUCCUAUUGCUUUGUUUCCUUUGACUUGAUGUUUUGAUUUUGAAAAUUUAGUAUUGAGUGAUAAGUUUUACUGUAAAAUAGAGCAUUUGCCAUAUAUAUUGUGAGAUUUUUCUUGCACUAUUACCAUCAGAUGUAGAAUCUAUUGCAUGGAAUAUUAAAAGAAAAUUAUUAUUACAAGGUCCACUUCUGAGCCACAGCAUGUGAAAUGGAAUUUUUCCCCAUAAAUGUUAUAAAUUUAACCUUUGUAAUCAGAAUUUCAUGUAAACAUUUUUUUAAAAUUAAUUUCAGGCCGGUACUUCUAAUGCAGCUAUUGCACGUUUAAUAGAAAUAUGCCAGUUAAUAAUGUAAAUUAGAGUUUUUGGAAAUUAUUUUUAAAAUUUAGUCCGGUGAUUUAACAUAGAUUCAUACUAUAUGGAAAAGAAAAUGAAACGGCUGUGAGUAUCAUGGUGCACAUUUUGAGCCAAAAAGUAUGUGGUGUAAAUGAAAGUUUAUUUUUAUAUUCUGUUUGUUUGAGGGAUAAUAAUUGCAGGUAAAAAUCAACACACAUUUUGAUUUAAACUUUUGGUGCGGUUCUGUAAUUGUUGGAAUGCUAAGAAUAAUACCUAUGCAUUUAUUAAGAUAAAUAGAUAUUAUGUAAAUGAUUAGAUGUUUAAAAAUGACAGUAAUAUGCUUUACCACCAAAAGAAUCACAUUGAUAAAUAAAGAAAAUUAGGAAGAAAAAAUAACAAGAAUGAAGAAACAUGCUUUUGGUAUUAUUUUGACCUUUCUGGAAGGAAGGAAAAUUGUGAGGUCCUAAGCGCAGAACGGAAAAUACAUGGUGCUAUUUCUUCAUAAUGUGUUCCCAUGUAAGGCCAGUGUAUUGCCAUUAUAUACUAUAGUUUUGUAUUAGAAUUAUGUUUCUACCUUUUAUAGUUCAGUCAGAGUCAGUAGUAUGUUAAAUCGUCUAUAAGAAGAAAUGUUAUAUUCCUGUUUUGGUGAUGUAUUCUGUAUAUUAUUUUGUAUUGAAGAUAUUUGUUGAGGUAAUUAUGCUGUAACUACUUUGAUCCUGUUAUGAUUCUGUUGACCCAUGUGCCAUUAUGAACCCAAAGAUGUUACAAUAUAUAGUUCUGAUUGUUUUG